UAACAGACGAAGUUGUGCUGUGGGAUUUUGUCAACAGAGCAUCAUACUAGUGAAUGUUCUCACGAUUUUACCGGCGUUGGCGGAAUGUUACCUUAUCGAAGUACCACAGCACUUCACUAAACAAUUAGUAAAGAGGUUGACAUUACGGAUAUAUCGGAUUCAAACUUCUUAACGAGUUAUUUAAUCCGAACGUCAGCUACUCGGUUAUCUCGGAGAUCACCGCCUGGAUGGAAGAAUAGAGCAACGCUAGCCUUAGCUUUUCAGCGGACUUGAGGAGCGGCUUUGAAAAAUGUCAAGUAGCCGACAGCCUCACACGGGUGGGGGGUCGGGCACAGGCCCUGGGACAAGCAGCAGUGCCAGCGCGGGUAGUACGAGUAACGCUGCAAACGGGAGUAAUUCUGGAAAUGGAGUGAACUCACGAACUAUGAUAGCGGGAGGUGAAGGACUGCCCGUAUCUACAAUUCCCUUUCAAUCUCCAAGAGGCAACAAUCUAACACCACUUAGUGGCAGACCUAGCUCUUCCUCUGGAGCAUCAAGUAGUAUUAGCGUUAAAAGGCGACGUUCAGAAACGUACUUGUGUAAUGGUCUUAUGAAUUCUUAUGAAGACAUGAGCAAUGACUUUGUGUGUCCCAUCUGUUUCGAGAUGAUAGAGGAAGCACACAUGACAAAGUGUGGUCACAGUUUUUGUUUCAAGUGUAUCCGUCAGAGCUUGGAGGACAGCAACAGAUGUCCGAAAUGCAACUACAUAAUCGACAAUAUGGAGCAACUGUUCCCUAACUUCCUUGUUAAUGAACUCAUUCUGAAGCAGAAGCAACGGUCAGAGGAGAAGCAACUGAAAAGAGAUCUUCCUAAUGGCGAUUCGUUUCCCUUUUCUUAUGAUGUUCUGGGUGGGGAUCAAGAGAGUAUGGACUUGGCGAACGUGAACUAUGUGCUGGAAAUGUUUCAGCAGAAGAAGCAGCAACUGGAAGCACAGUCAGAAGCGGCGCAUCGCCAAAUUUUGAUGGAAUUUCUUCAAGAAGCCAGAAGAAAUAAGAGAGAGCAACUGGACCAGUUACAGAAGGAGGUGAACUUCUUGGAUGAAGACAUCAAACGAGUGGAGGAAAUGGGUCCAACAUAUUCACAACCAAGUGAGAACUGUGUAGAAAGCACCGAUAGAAUUCAUCCUGUCGCAUCAAGUAGUCCUGCAGAGACAAGUCAGCCUCCAUUUGGCCGGGGUUCUAAGGGGAAGCGACAAACCUGGUACAACACCACGUUGGCAUCAAGACGUAAAAGACUUACUGCUCACUUUGAAGACCUGGAGCAAUAUUAUGUCAACAAUAGGAUGUCUCAAAUUGAUGACAGUAAAAAUGCUGAUCAGUUGGAUAAUUUUAUGGAGCUUCUCUCAAAAUUCACACGGUACAGUGCAAUCCGGGCCCUGUCCACGCUGUACUAUUCAAGUGACCUCUACAACGGCUCCAGCAUUGUCUCCAGCAUUGAAUUUGACCGUGACUGUGAUUACUUUGCCAUUGCUGGUGUCACCAAGAAAAUUAAGGUGUACGAGUACAGCACUGUGAUUCAGGAUGUGGUGGACAUCCAUUACCCAGUUAAUGAGAUGACGUGCAACUCCAAAAUCAGCUGUAUCAGCUGGAGUAGUUAUCACAAGAACCUGUUGGCAAGCAGUGACUACGAGGGGACAGUCAUUCUCUGGGACGGCUUCACUGGACAGAGGUCGAAAGUGUACCAGGAGCAUGAGAAGAGGUGUUGGAGUGUGGAUUUCAAUCUGAUGGACCCGAAACUCCUGGCUUCCGGCUCAGAUGAUGCGAAAGUCAAGUUAUGGUCAACCAACCUCGACAACUCGGUGGCAAGCAUCGAGGCCAAAGCAAACGUGUGCUGUGUUAAGUUCAGUCCUACGUCCAGAUAUCAUCUUGCCUUCGGCUGUGCAGAUCACUGUGUCCACUAUUACGAUCUGCGGAACAUUAAGCAGCCAAUAAUGGUCUUCAGGGGACACAGGAAAGCUGUUUCCUAUGCAAAAUUUGUCAACGGAGAAGAAAUAGUAUCCGCCUCCACAGACAGCCAGCUUAAGCUGUGGAACGUCAACAAGCCUUACUGCUUGCGCUCCUUCAAAGGUCACAUCAACGAGAAGAACUUUGUGGGUCUUGCCUCCAAUGGAGACUAUGUAGCGUGUGGAAGUGAGAACAACUCCCUUUAUGUCUACUACAAAGGGCUGUCCAAAACGUUGCUGACGUUCACGUUUGAGACCAUCAAGGGUGUGCUGGACAAAAAUAAGAAGGAGGACGACACCAACGAGUUCGUCAGUGCAGUGUGCUGGAGAGCACUGCCAGAUGGGCAGGAGUCUAAUGUCCUGAUAGCAGCCAACAGUCAAGGAACUAUAAAGGUACUUGAGCUUUUUUGACAGCCAUCAGACCUUGCUGAUCCUUAGCGAAAACUGCUCCAUGCUCAGCUUUGGAAGGCCAGAUACUGGAAUGGUGUUGUUCGCGUGCACCCAAAAAAAGCAACCCUUGGACAGGUUGUCAAUGAGGAGGAACACUGCAGAGUUUUGAUAGCAUCUAUGAUUUCCUUGGGACAAGACUGAUUCUGGUGUUGGCGUUGUGGAUUUAGACAACAAACGAUGAUCCCCCUCUGGAUCAAACGGAAAUGGAUUUGGAUCACUAGAGAACUCUCCCCUCUUUCCUUGAUGAGUCUAUAUUGUGAAAAAGGUCCUUUCUGAGUGAACAUCACAAAAAUCAACUGAGGUGACUGGAUGUGCGCAACAGUCGGCAUUAAAACCUCUCACCUGAAGAAGGAGGGUCCGCCCUCAGCAGAACAUAUGGGAGAGUUAAGGCCAAAGCACAAGAACAGACAACAGUGACAUACUUGUUUCUGUACAGGUUAUCGGUCGAGCAAUGCUUCUUUUGUAGCCUUUGUAUUUGUAGCCUAUUUGCAGGCUAUUUGUAGCCUUUUUCUAUUUUAUUUCCCAUUGUUUUUGAUGUAUGUCAACUACAUUCUCAGAUUGAAACGUUGGUUCUCUCCUCUGUUUUCCACUUGGCUAAGCUCUCUGCAAGGUAGGGAAAGUUUUAUCACAUUCUUAGCACAUUUAACUUGUGUAUUCAUAUUUUCAGCAAAUAUUUUUUUAAUAUCCGAUAGCAUGGCUUUUUUGUCAUGACGCAUGUGCAGUCAAAAGUGUUUUCUACUCUGGUUAAUUAGGCUCAUUGGGGGGGGAUGUAUCAGCUAUAGAAUAAACCUAUUGAGGUUACAAUUCAGACAGGUUUCAUUCUAUCUGAUAUUGCAGAGUAUAAAAUGCUCGACCAUAGACUCCCAAGGUUUGUGAGUUCACUACAUGAUUUUUCAAAUAAAAAAGAAUAAAAAACUGUUCCACGAUCAAUUACAACACAGCUGCUCCUUCAUAAUUGAGACUGGUAUAAGUGUUAUUUAUUUUUGUAAUUUAUAGAGCAUCUUUAUGAAGUGGUCCCGAAUUAGCCAUUGGUUCUCAGAGAACAGCCUUUGUCCUUCCGUAUGCAUAUUUGUUUCUUUCUUUUCCACAUUUAUUCCUAUCUGUGUCUUUCCAUCUUCCCACUUAAAACUUAUUUGCAAUUGAAUAAAGAUUGACCUCAUUCUGUAAUGGUCA